AUGCAGACUUGUGACCUGACUGAGCUGCUAGCAGACGGUAGCAAGGAAAACGCAGCGAUCGCCGGAAAUCAGCCAACGACAGCUACAAUGCGUGCUAGGCAUCGUAAGAGAAGUGACGCGUCGCGUCGCGUUUAUGAUAGCGACCGGUUUAAGCUUGUACAGAGCCGUCGAGGCAGCGGGACUAUGAGCCUCGGCCACGCACUACACUCCGAAAAUCAAAUCGAAAACGUGGGUGUAGAUCGACCGGAAGAAGUGGCACCGCCACCAGCUUCGACUGCGCAGCGGGAAAAAAAGGAGCCGACACCACAACCGGUCGUGCCGGACCAGAUUCUUGAAGCAUAUUUAGAUGCGCAGGGCUACAUUAGAACGCGCACGUACCUGAAGGGCAAGUUUUUGGGCAAGGGAGGUUUCGCUCGAUGCUAUGAGCUGGAAUGUAGCCAGACGGGGAAGAUUUAUGCGGUUAAAGUGGUAGCCAAGAGCUCGUUGGUAAAACCCAAAGCCAAACAGAAAUUUACGUCGGAGAUUAAAAUUCACAAGUCGCUAAAUCACCCGCAGAUUGUCCAGUUCGAACACUUUUUUGAGGAUGGGGACAAUGCAUACAUAUUACUAGAACUAUGUCGAAAUCAGUCCAUGUCGGAUUUAAUGCGGAGAAGAAAGCGAUUGUCUGAGAGCGAAGUAAGAUUUUACAUGAGGCAGUUAAUCGAAGGAUUGGCGUAUCUUCAUAAAAAUUUGGUCAUCCAUCGAGACUUAAAGCUAGGAAAUCUUUUUCUCACUUCGGACAUGCAGCUUAAGAUUGGUGAUUUUGGACUUGCUGCUCGACUCGACAAUCCUGAAGAUCGCAAGCGUACAAUGUGUGGUACACCGAACUACAUUGCCCCUGAAAUUUUAAGCGGACAGCGCGGCGACGGCCACAGUUUUGAAGUUGACGUUUGGUCCACGGGAGUAGUCAUGUACACUUUGCUGGUCGGACGACCUCCAUUCGAGACUGAUGAUGUCAAGGCCACUUACAAACGCAUCCGAGCUAACCAGUACGACUUUCCCGACACGGUGCACAUCUCAAGUUCAGCUCAGUCCCUUAUCCGCGGUAUUUUACAGAGUGAUCCGGGAACCCGGCCAUCCCUAGACCAAAUUCUGAAGCACCCUUUUGUGGCUGAUGAGUUUGUGCCUACGUCAUUACCCCGUACGGCGCUACUUGUCACCCCACCAUCGUGUAAGCCAAUCCCGUUCACUAGUCGACACACUAGCAUCGACCACAUGGCCAAAUCGACCGGUAUGAGAGUUCCUCCGCCAUCAGCGGCAUCAAACAGAUAUCCUCUACGUAUGCGAAAUGGUUACACCGAUCUUCAGCGCGCACCUGACCCAGGGGCAUCACCGUUAGUACAAUCGCUGCCCCCUCAAUUUAAGGAUGAUGUUUCUAAACUACCUAGCUCGAGCAAAAGAACUACCUGCACUGCAGCUGAAAAUCAAGUACGCAUGGAAGCUAUAGAAACCUUGGCCCCAUUUCAAAACGUCCUGGAGGCAGCUUACAAAAUCCUUUCUCAGCUUUUUUUUCUUCAAGAGCACAGGCGAAAUAUAGAUGAGGGAAAGCAGAGUCCAAAUGUUUCUUCCUCUGCUGCACAUCUUGUUGCUGAAGCCCAAGAGCUAAAGCAAAUAUGCGAAGAGACCGAAAAAGCUCGAGUUAUUUCUCCAGCUAGCCUGUGGAUAUCUCAAUGGGUCGAUUACACUUCUAAAUACGGCAUUGGCUACAUGCUUUCGAAUGGUGAAUCUGGUGUAUACUUCAACGACUCCACUAAAAUAAUUUCGUCAGCGGAUGGAAAGUUUUUUGAGUACAUUGAACGUCAGAACAAUCAGAAGCUGGCGCCAGGACUUCGAGUUCGUUAUACGAUGGAUAACUAUGAUCCGGCGAUCAAAAAGAAAGUGACACUUCUUGGUCACUUUAAAGGCUAUUUGGUUGAUGCUCGCGCCGAAAAUGACGAAGCAGACGUCUUGGAAAACCAGCUGGCCCGCUCUUUUGUGCUAUUGUCUCGGCCAGAUGGCAUCAACACUAGUGCUGUCGAAGGAAAUAUUGACGACGGUGGGGCUCAAACUAUGGUGUUCGUCAAAAAGUGGGUCAAGACUCGCCACGCAGUGCUCUUUCAGCUUUCCAACGGGACUAUUCAAUUUAACUUUUUUGACAAAUCGAAAGUUAUGCUAUCCUCAAACGCUCGCAUUGUGACGUAUUUGAACCGCGACGGUGACUUGAUCGUUGUAGCUUCAUCAUCGGCAAUUUUGACGUCAGAUCGACCAGAUCUUGCCAAACGCUUGCGCUAUGCCCGAGACAUGCUGCAGCAAAUGGUGCGAAACACGCAUCAGGUAAUAUAA